CUUCAGGGGGUGGAGAUCUUGUUGCACGCUCUCGUAGCGGUGCACGCCGUGGUUGCUUAGCAACUGUUGCUUGAAAACAUUUGCAGGCGGUUGGAAGUCAAUCCUGCGCGCGUCCCAACGUCGGCGUCUUUGAUUGGUCAUUACUGUGAGCGCGGACUAAUGAGCAAGAGCGUUGCUCAGGCGAGACCACGGGAAGGGAGGGGCGACUGAUGUAUGAGUUUAAUCUUAGGCUAAGCGAGCGCGCAGUCUCACUCACUCUCUCUUUCUCUCUUUCUGCUUUAAAGAUGUCGUCGAAGAGAAAUAUUGGCGACCCAAAGUACUUGAAGAAACGAAUCCCCCAGAACCCCAAAUAUCAGCAUGUCAGGUCAAAACUUGAUACAGGGUCGAGCCUGACAAAGUACAUGGAGAGACUGGAGGACCUGAAGAGAAAUUACAGAUAUAAAAAAGACGAGCUUUUUAAGAGGCUCAAAGUGACUACGUUUGCUCAGCUGCUGCUCCAAGUGGCCUCAGUGUCGGAUCUGAACGAGAGCAUGAUGGAUGAAGAACCUACACUAGAAGAUGUUGCGUCAGAGUCGGCAGGAGGAGACGGCGUUUCGGAUCGGACCGACGGUUCUUCCCGCUCCGGCCCUCGACCCGUCCAACUUCCCGACACGGACGAUUCCGGCGACGCGACGUUCUCGCCCAGAUCCACACUUCAGAGAUACCUGAUCAGAUCCUCCCCCUCACUCCCCCCAUUACACAUGCACAAAGAGCCCAGUGUGAUCAGUGGUGUAGGAGAGCUGGAUAUGGAGAGGGACGAGUGGAGGAGUGAGAACUUCACCCGCCCGAGUGCUCCUGCUCCUGCUCCUGCUCUGUGUGCUGCAGUGCGUCCAUACCCAGAGUGUCCCUACCUGCUGCUGGACGUCCGGGACAGAGACCUGUACGACCAGUGCCACAUCAUCAGCGCACACAGUUAUCCCAUUGCGACUCUCUCGAGGACGAUGAAUCCUUACACCAAGGAAGUUCUCGAUUAUAGAAACGCUCAGGGGAAGAUCAUCAUCCUGUAUGAUGAGGACGAGCGGAUAGCCGGCCAGGCGGCCACCAUCAUGUGCGAGAGAGGCUUCGAGAAUCUCUUCAUGCUCUCCGGAGGCUUGAAGGUGAUCGCCCAGAAGUUUCCAGAAGGAUUGACCACCGGUUCUUUUCCCCAAACCUGUCUUUCGUCUCCGAACGGGUCCUCGGCCCGGAAGCGCUCAACGCCCCGUCAGACGCAGAAGCCAGCGGAAAACAAGUGGCGUUUCACCUCCGAUGACCUCAACAACAUCCAGCUGUUCCUGGACGAGGCGCUCGUACCCAGCGCUAGCAGCAGUCGUUUGAGCACGAGGAUGUCCACCAGCAGCGCUAGCUCUAAAAUAUCCAGCGCUCGGAGCAGUCGGCUCGGCUCCGAUUCUGCACGGUCACAGAGCACUCGACCCUGGAAAUAACCUCUGACCUUUAUCAUCACCACUUUACAUCAGGAGACCUCGUGAUGACCUGCACACCGCUGGCCUUAACUAAACAGUUAUAGUGUAACCGUUUAGUUAAGUGUAAAUAGUGUAAAUAGUGUAAAUAUCUCGGUUCUGGUGCGUUUGAUUUAAACAGAUCUUCCCCUUAAGUGUUUUAAAGAGACACUGCAGUGUUUCCACUCAGUUUGUGAACGUAGAAGAAGAGCCUUCAUUUCACAUACGUUACAGCACAGUGAAAUUCUUUUUAUCGCAUAUCCCAACUGGCUCAGAAGCUGGGGUCAGAGCGCAUGGUCAGCCAUGAUACAGACCCCUGGAGCACAAAGGGUUAAGGGCCUUUCCAAGGGCCCAAGAGUGACAGCUUGGUGAUGCCCAGGUUUGAACCCCAAACUUCCGAUCAGUAACCCAGAGCCUGAACCUCUGAGCUGCCACUCCCCCAUUGAUAUGUUGAUAAUAAACAGCUGUUACACUUUAAUAAAAUAUUUAGGAUGAACUGGAUACAUUUAAGUCCUGUAUGGACACUAUGAACACAUUGGACAAACGUUUGUGGACACACAAGUGCUUCUUUUUGAACAUCUUCCACUUUUAGUCGCCAUUUGAGGUAAUAAUAACCUCCUUUUUUCUGAGAAGAUGUUCCACUAGAUUCUGCUGAGAUUUUUGUGAGCUACAAGGUAGGUGAGGCCUGGGGUGCCAUCCUGAAAGUGUUCAGUAGGUUUGGAGUCAGCAGAUCUUCCACUCCAACCCAUGUAAUGCAGAUCAUGGAGCUGGCUUUGUGCUCAAUUGUCACGCUGGAACAGGUUUUGGGUCUCCUAGUUCAAGUAAAGGGAAGAUUUCAUGCUACAGCAUCCAGAGACGUCUUUGAAAAGACCCGAUACGGCUGGAAAAGUCAAGUGUCCCAAUACUCUGUCCAUAUGGUAUAUGAGUAAUCGUAAUCAGCUUAUUUUCAUAAUUCAGUGAGAUCUUUACUAAUUUGUACCUCAACUCAUGAAUUUAUAGAGAAGAAUGACUUAAACGGAGCGUCGGAUGUAAAACAGAGAACAUCCUUACAUGGUGCGGAACGUCACAAAGUUCUUUAGACGACUUCGUCGGCCAGUUGUCAUUUAGUAUUACAGUAGGUUUCCGUUCCUGUGCAGCUUGUGAAGAACAAGAACGAAAUGAAGGAAUUUACUGUAUCUGUGAAAGUGAAAGUGCACUACAAAGCCUUGGUGUGGAAGUGUGUGUUUGUGUGUGGAAGUGUGUUUGUGUGUUUCUUCCACGGUGGAUCUCAGUUGCACUGACACUCAUCAUUUUCACGUUUUCGCUGAUGUUACAAACGCAAACUACCUGAUGUGAUUUUUGUUUUUGUAUAUUUAAUGUAGAAUAAAGAAUGAAUUUUGCACAGUAAA